GUGAGAGGCCGUGGAAGCUUUGUUAGCCGUUUAAUAGUAGAUUCCCACACUACGUUGCUGUAUCGUUCGCUUAGAAAGGCUGCGUUUGUAACGGUCCCCAAAACGAAGGUGACACGUCUGCUUGAGGACUAGAGGAACAUGCCGAACGAACGUAGCACAGGGGUGGAGAUGGAACCCCUGACCACCACGGAAACUACCACUACUCCAGAGGGGGGCGAUGGUGCCAGCGAAAAAAGUUCGGAACACGAGAACCCCACAGACGGAGGGGAAUGGCUUCUCCCAUCUGCAGCUUUGUUGGGUCGUGUGAUCAGUAACGUGAACACAUACGCGACGCUGAAGACGGUGGUGCAGGGACUGAUGGACACGGCGCUGUUCACCAGUAACGCCUCACAGAUGGCAAACCUGCUCAAGGGCAGGGAGACGGACCCUUUCACGCACCUAGAGGUGGCGCGUGUGACACUGCUGUCCUUCUCCAUGGUGUUCCAAGUGGUCAUCUUCUCCCUCCUGGUUGUCCAGGGAGCAACAAACAUCGAGAAGUUGGAGGAGGACAAGGAGAAGAGGAAGAAACAGGAGGACAUGCUGAAGGCAACAAACAUCGCUGCCAUUGUGUUCUCUAUGUUGGUUGUUCUGAUCAACAUAUUUGUGACAAAGUUGGAAUAAGUUGAAUUUUAUGGACAGAAAAAAUACAUUCUCACAAGGGGAAAAUAUACUGUAGGCUACUUUUCAAGGUAAAUAAGUAAAAUAUUUUGAGCAUCUCCACUUUUUAUGUGACUUUUACACUAGUGUGACUUGAUUUUCUAGAUACGAAUCAUGUGAAAAGUUUUAAGGUAAAAUCUAUUUUCAAUAUUUCUAAUAUUUAUUUUUUGAAUACAUGUACAAAGUUUUCCGUGUUGGUUGUUCUGAUCAACAUAUUUGUCACAAAGUUGGAAUAAGUCAUAUUCUAAGGACAGAAGGAAUAACAUUUUUGUAAGGGAAAAAUAUACUGUAGGCUACUUUUUAUGAAUAAGUUAAGUAUUUUGAGCAUUACAAUUUUUAUGUGACCUUCACACUAGCGUGACUCAAAUUUCUAGAUAUGAAUCAUGUGAAAAACAUUUUAGGUGCAUUUUUUUAUUCUCUUUUUUCUGAAUAUGGAGUAUUGACUAUUUCUUUGUAGUUGUGUCAGCCCAUUUCCUUGUCUCCAAAUGACCAAGCCAGAUUUAUAUACCCAUUUGUUGCAAGCCUUUUCUUAAGAAUAUUCCUGUUCAAUGUCUUGAUGGCAUGCUUGUAUCCGCUGUCCUUCCACAUAUUAGUUUCCUAUGUACACAAAACCAUAAACUGUAUACAAGUAAUGUCUAUGCACAAAAAGUACAUUAAAAAACGUGGAAGAUAAACUAUUAUCAUGUCUUGUAAAAUUUCUGUGUAUUCUCUUAUUAAAUCUACUUUAUACUAA